AUGACCCUUAGUGAUCCUUCAUUCAAAACCAAAAAUGAAGCUCAAGAUUUCCUCAAGCGCUUGUGUGAUCAACAACUUACUGUCCAUGUAUCAGAUGGUCGAAGAUAUAUUGGAAGCUUGUGGUGCACUGAUAAUGUUGGAAAUAUUGUAAUGGGUUCGUGUACAGAAUAUUCAGCACCUUCUGAUUCAACGUCGGAUAAUUUACUAAGAAAUCUAACCACUGUUGUUAUCCCUGGACAGCAUAUAACAAAAAUUGAAUGUGAUAGUAAUUUGCUAGCAAAUUAG